AUGUGCAAUACCCCAGCUAUUCAAAUCAUAAAACUAAACAAGCAUUACCUUAUAGCAAACAAAUGCGCUGGAAUAUUAUGUCAACCUACCCUCAGCAGCAAUACCACCAAAAAAAAAGAAAAGGUACUUUUAAAUAUAUUAAAAGAACAAUUGGCUCAUAAUAAAUCAGGACUAGCAGCACACCUUAAAAAUAUCCAUAGAAUUGACAAAGUUGUUACAGGAGGUGUAUUGUUUGCCACAAAUAAAAAUUCAGCACAAAUGUUUUCUAGGUAUUUAAGAAAAGGUGGUAACUGUGGAUUUAAACUGAAAAGAAGAUAUUUAGCAAUAUUACAAUCCCCAAUUUUUAUAAAAAAUGAUCCAGAACAAGGAAUAAUAAGUUUCAAGAAUAAAUCUACAGGUUCCUCCGCAUCCCCGAUGAUUACACACUAUAAAAAAAUAUCUAAAAACCUAUAUGCGUUUGAAUUGUGCACAGGUCAAAAACAUCAAAUUAGAGUAACUUGUAAAACUAAAUUGAGGUCCCCUAUACUUAAUGAUAUAAAAUAUGGUGCAAAGCCCAUUAAAAAUUUCAAUGAUGAAAUAAUUGCGCUACAUUCCGCCAUGAUGAGGAUUACUAUUGGAAGAAAUGAGCCAGAAUCGACAUUAAUACCCAUGCCCAAGUCUGAAUAUUAUCCAUUGUGGGAACCCUUUUUAAACACAACUACCGGCUAUUUUCACGAAUACAUAAAUAAAGUUUUGUUAGACGACUCCUGGGGUACAGUUCUCUUCGAAUGA